UUCUGAUAUGAGACUGAAGUCGUUUUUAAAUUUGCGAUCUAACUCCUGAAAUCGCACAAUUCUGCGAUGCUUGGUGCUGGAUCAGACUGAGAUAAGAUUGGAGUAGAAAACGUAUGAUGGUCGAUCCCUCUGUUCACUUUCUCUUUCGUGAAAAUCGCAGGAAGGUAACUGCUGAAGACUGAAGUACCUGAAGGCUGAGGUGGUGUUUUCAUGGCUUCCGACACGGCCAAAGGACUCUCAAUCGAAGAGGCAACCGUUUAUGAUCUCCAACUUGCUUUUCGGACAAAACAACUAACCUCUAGGGAAGUCGUUGACUUCUACCUCAAACAAAUAGAAACGCAAAACCCAGUUCUGAAAGGGGUGUUGGAGUUGAACCCAGAUGCACUAUCACAAGCUGAUAAAGCUGACCAUGAGAGAAAGACUAAGGCACCGGGGUCUCUUUCACCACUGCAUGGAAUACCCAUUUUGAUUAAGGACAACAUUGCAACCAAGGAUAAGAUGAACACCACUGCAGGCUCUUUUGCUCUUCUGGGCUCUGUGGUGCCUAGAGAUGCAGGUGUAGUUUCCAGAUUAAGAGAAGCUGGGGCUAUCAUUUUAGGCAAGGCCAGCAUGAGUGAGUGGGCAUUUUACAGGUCCAAUGCAGCACCCAGUGGUUGGAGUGCCAGAGGUGGACAGGGGAAGAAUCCAUACACAAUGGGUGGUCCAAGUGGAUCUAGUAGCGGAUCAGCAAUAUCGGUGGCAGCAAAUUUGGUGGCAGUGUCCCUUGGUACUGAGACUGAUGGGUCCAUUUUAUCCCCUUCAAACGUUAACUCAGUAGUGGGUAUCAAACCAACGGUUGGUCUCACUAGUAGAGCAGGGGUAGUUCCAAUCACCCCAAGACAAGACACAGUUGGACCAAUUUGCAGGACUGUAUCAGAUGCUGCUCUUGUUCUUGAAACCAUUGCAGGCAUCGACAUCAAUGAUCAGGCAACAAUUGAAGCAUCAAAAUAUGUCCCAGAAGGUGGCUAUGCUCAAUUUCUAAAGAAAGAGGGACUGAGAGGAAAGAGAUUAGGUGUUGUGAGAUUUUUCUACGGUUUUAGUGGCGAUACUGUUAUGCACAAAACUUUAGAACUGCACUUCAAAACAUUAAGGCAAAAGGGAGCAGUUUUGGUUGACAACUUGGAGAUAGAAAACAUUGAAGAAAUUAUUGAUGGUCAAAGUGAAGAGAUUGCUAUGGCAUAUGAUUUCAAAUUAUCCUUGAAUGCGUACCUCAGAGACUUGGUUAAUUCCCCAGUGAGAAGCUUGGCCGAUGUGAUAGCCUUCAACAAGGAACACCCAGAAUUGGAGAAACUUGAGGAGUACGGCCAGGAUCUCUUGUUGUUAGCUGAAGAGACAAAUGGAGUUGAGGAACUUAAUCAUGCGGUAUUAAAUAUGUCUAGAUUGUCCCACAAUGGAUUUGAGAAAUUAAUGAUAACAAAUGAACUUGAUGCGGUGGUAGUACCUUCUUCAACCUUUAGUUCUAUACUUGCUAUAGGAGGUUAUCCUGGAGUAAUUGUUCCAGCAGGUUAUGAAAAGGGUGUGCCAUUUGGAAUUUGCUUUGGAGGUUUGAAAGGCUCAGAGUCAAAGCUGAUAGAAAUUGCUUAUUCCUUUGAGCAAGCAACUAUGAUCCGGAAGCCCCCACCACUCCGAAAGUUAGAGAUUUGACAGUUAAAAAAGAAAUUGUAAAAAAAUUGAUGGAAUUGAAUAGCACUUGUUUAGUUGUUUGUUUAAUGAUGGCCAAGACUAGUUAUCCAUCUAAGAGUUAAUAAGUAUGCCACGUCCUUCUGUCGAAAGUUCUGAUAGAAAAUUAUGACAAUAUGAUUCAGAAUGUGUCUAUUUAGCAUCAAUUAGUUCAUUGUUGCGAUAA